UAAAACUCAAGCACUCGUUAUCUGGAGCGUUCACAAUUGAUUUGCUUGCUUAGCUGUCUCAUCACAAGUUUUACGCUAACGGCAAACGUUCGAAAUCAUAAAAUGAAGGUUGUUUGGGUAUCUUUAAUUUUCAUGGUAUUUUAUCACGCGACUGGUGCAGAUGGCGACAUCCACAGUAUGCUUCGACAAUUGGAUGAAGAGGAAAAUGACCCAGAUACUCCGCAGUCCGAGAAGGACAAGUUGGACGAAUACCGUACAACAUUGAUCAAACAAGAGAUCUUGAAAAUGCUUGGUCUCGAGAGCCCCCCAAAUAUAUCCCACAUCCCACACAUUCCGAAGGAGACGUUAGACAGUGUCCUACACCAGACGGCUGAUAAAAGAGUUAAAGCAGAUACUGGAGGUGGCGCUUCCAAACAAGUUAUUGUAAUGGCAGAGCCAGGUAUGAUAUUGAUCUGUCCUCAUCUAAUUCUCAUAUUUGGCAACUUUAUAGGAUUUUACAAUAAUACUAUUAUAUAUAAUUAAACUUAGUCUUAGUUGAAUUAAGAUUUUGGGUUCAUGUUAUACUUUAUAUUAUGCACUUGGUGAAAGUAGCUCCAACUCCUGUCGCUACUGAAAUAUUUGAAAAUGUAUACAGAGCAAUAGAAUACUAAACUAAUUAUCGCUGGAUGAUGCAGCAGUCAUUUGUUGGCAAAAUAUGCAUAUAGCUGUGAUUAAGUAUGGUGUUUCAUAUACAAAGAAUAGUGAUAGUUUCAUGCAUGCAGUGCGUCAAUGCAUACAUCUCUCGAUUAAAUGCAGGGAUAUACCGCAGUGAUAAUUUCGUGCAGUGCGUCGUCAAUCUGACAAUCUCAAAGAAAAUGAUAGUUCUGUUCGAUAAGAAUAAUGCCGAAACAUUACAUGGUCAUAGCAAUUGCGUUUACACCUUAGUUAACGUGUAUACUUAACUUAGGAGUUGCUUUGGUAACUAAUCGUUUAAAAAAAUAAACUAAUUAAUAGCACUCUUGCAUGUUACGUUUUUUGACCGUCAUACCGUCACGGAUUAAACUGUGACGAGUGUUUGAAUAGCAACACUAUGCCUAGUAUGACUGUGCUAUCCAAACCACAAGACUAUUAAAUUGAAAUAUAUUAUGCUAUUUGGUAAAUAUGGUAAUAUUUUCGUAAAAAAGACAAAAUCUGAAAGACUGCUAUUCUAAUAAAGAUAUAUACCAAUGAAAUAAUUGCAUGUCUGAAUACGAUGAAAGUUGUCUGCAAGCGUUUAAUUCGUAAUUUCCUGUUCAAAUAUUUGGACAUGUUAAAAGUUUCUUUCAGUAAACAUAUUUUAAUAUCCAUCCGCAUUGAUUAAUUUACAUAGCCGCAAAAUAACCUUUCUUUAGGCCUAACUUUGGAUAUGAGCCAGGUUUUGAACCGCAAAUAUACUGGAACAAAAUCUGUAACAACUAACCCUCUUAUACCUCCACCCAUUUUAUAUUGCUUUUAACGGUAUAUGAUCUUGAGAAUCCGUGCGAAUUAUAGUUACCUGACAGUAGUUCCUCGCUGAAUGAUUAAAAAUUGCGCACAAGAUUCAUUGAUCCAGCCGUACGCUGCAAGCCUUUUGCUGAUCAAAUAUUUUUGGUAAACCAAACCAACUUGAUCUAGUUCGCAAUAUUCUACAGCGAGCCAAUCAUGUAAUCGACAAUUUUUUACUGUUCACAUUGAUUGAAGAUUUUAUUGAAAUUUAUUUAUUGAAAUAUCAGUUUCAGAUGAUGCGACGCGCGUCCACGUAAAAAUUGUCUUGGUAAAAAUAGGACAGACUUUUUACUUUCUUAAUACCCGACCAGAUAUUAUCCUACACGUCAGAAACCUCUUGAAUUCACCUGAUGGCUCUACACCCUUCCGAUUCUUAUCUUCCAAAGUAACUCUGCGAAGGAGAUGGCGCCGGUUUGAAAUAAAGAUAGGACGGUCGUGGGUGUAUGUUUAUACUGUGCUACAGUUCUAUGCAAAUAUUUAUGUUAUCGGUACAUAUAAAUAUGCUCGGGUGCAGAAAUUUAAGUGGACCGGUAGUGACGCCAGGAAACACUGCAAUAAAUUCUCCGCAUGUAUCGAUGUUAAGAAGGAAAGAUUAAAUGUUUCGGUAAACACAAAGUGAGAUUAACAUGCAUGGUUUAUUCUAGUUCAUGGAACUUUCCGCAGUAAUUAUUACUGUUAAAUUAAAAAGCAAUUUUCUGAAAGGUGUUAGCGCAUUAAUGCAUGUUUGUAGAUAUUAAAGUGUAUAUGCGUGCAACGUGGUAAACCCGGGCUUUAAGUAUCCAACUUUUGUCGAGUGGUACUCGAGUUAACAUGCAUACAUGUAUUUAAAAAAAACACUGUGACGUGAUAAAUCUAUAAACCAGAACUUUGUCACGGUUGUUGCAACAACAUAUAUUCGGCACAAAUGAAAUUUGAACAAACACGCGACAUAGAAAAAGAUUGCCUCUUUGAAUAGACAAAUGUAGACCUGUAUUGAAAUCCCCGCCCCCCAUUAAGAUUGCAAUGUAUAUUAUAUCUUUUCAAAAUCCAACUUUGUACAGCACAUUCCUGUGGCUGUGGUGUAACGCUCUGAAUGGAAGGUGAAACUGUACUAUACUUCGAUAUCAGAAGUUUGGCAUAGACAUUGUUUUCCACAUUUUAUAAGAUUUGUAGUCAGGAAAUGCUUUUAAGAUGGAAAUGAAUGAAGUGCGAACAUACCAAAAGGCCCGUUGGCACUUCGCUCAAUUAAUUUUUGGUUCGGUAUAUGGACAAGUUAAUGUGGUACCAGGCUACCAGCACCAAAUCAGUUUAUCCUGCUCGGUUCUUGUAAAUAGGAGUCACAGCCCAUCGUGUAAUUAAAUUCAUUUGCAUGAUAGAUUUUUAUAUCCAUGCCGCGUAGUGUGUAAAACUCCGGCUUAAGCAGUUAAGGUAUAUGUUUAAGUACUCCACUUAUCCCCAUCAUUCUGUAUUGAAGGCUGAAUGCAUAGAAUUUCCGGCCCUUCUCUAGCAAAACGUGUGCUUUUGAGAAUAUCGAUCGAUGUGAGAUAGAUGCCAAGAUAAUGCCAUAAAGGAUGUCACAUAAAUCAUAUAGUUUUGUAAUCAAUUUAACUGCAUGCAUGGUUGCACAGUAAACGCACACGUUUUAUUUUUAAUCAUAUAUUUAUUCCAAUUCAUUCUUACUCUUAAUUAAGCAUUAUACUUUCGCAGGCAUGCAAUAUUUACAUAAACUAUCAAAGUCUGUAUCCUAAUCAUAAUGUUUUCUGAGGAGAUACCGUUCUUCUGUAAUAAAAUGCAGGUGGGCUUAUUAAUUUAACAUGAUAACAUUGAUUGUUGAUAAAAUCUUUCCAAUCAGAAAUUGAUCCGUUAAAAUCUUGAAACAGUAGGAGUUUAUAUUAAUAGCUAUUUGAGUAGUAUUUAUGGACACUAUCAAAUUCUAUAUAUCAAAGAAAUAAUCUAUCAUCCAUGUAUCAGUUGAAAGUAAUUAAAUGUUUUGUGAGGCCAUACCCUUUUUUUCAGAAAAUGUGGUAUAAAUUUAACAUGCAGAUAUAUAAAAUUGAUUGCUGAUGUUUAUAUCAUUUCACUCGUAAUUGAUCAGUUAGAACGUUUAAUUCAUACAUGUUGAAACAAUAGGAGUUAACCGUAAUUGUUUUAAUCCCACCGCGCGGGUAAGUCAUUUACCGGUUGCGCCUACCAUAUAUAGCUAGAGUUUAUUUUACUGACCUUGGCCCAUAUUUUCCUUUAUGUUGAAUAUGUGAAAUGUACUCAGAACUAAUGCCUCUCAAGUUUACUUGCAUUAUUCAGUAAUACAUUUAAGAAUCUUCACUCCCGCCCAAACCCAAAGACUGCAUGGUGACCAUGCAUGCUGUACCUUUGACUUUGUUAGGCAUUCUGAAUUGUUCACUAUAAAACUGUACAAAUUAAUUGGAAAUUUUUACAUUUUUUGUAGAAGUUAAUUUUAGUUUAUAUUUGACGAAGAUUUCAGCUUUCCUGUUUUAUCAUGGUCAGAAGUUUAAAAACAAAUGAUAAACACAAAAUGAUAGAUGAAUGAUGAUGAUCGAAGAAAAUUUAAAAAAUGCAUGUGUUAACUAAAACCAGGCACUGACUGUAUUGCUGAAUAUUUUUUCAUAUACUCAGUUGAUAUGUUUCAGUACGUCGGUAAUAAACAACUUUAUUACUAAAUAAGGUAUGUUUAGAGCUUUAUCUGUAAAAUAAUGCUGAAAUGAAGAGAUUUUAGAUGGUACGCCGAAUUAGCUAACGGAAUAAACUGGAUUACUGGAAAACAGUCGUAUGGUACUAACAGUGCGGUCCGCUUGAGCAUGAGUUAAACACUAGUGUCCGACAAGAGCGAACACAAUCUAUUUUUGCAAUAAAUACCAACGCUUAUAUUCACGCAGCGAAUAUAAGACAUAUAAAGCAACGCCAAAUUUUGGGCACCGCAAUAAAACUAAAACAAAAAGUGAUUUGGGGAGCUACGUCAAAACGAUCAGUUCAGGUUUUCAACGCUGUUCAUCGUAAAAACGUGACAUGCAUAGAAACAAAUUACACCUCUUAUUAAUGAGUUUGAGAGUACAUGCAUUCAUUUUACAGUUUGCUUUUAUUUGACGUCACUAUGUACUCCUGUUACUAAAGACGAAAGCCGUGCACAUGUUUGACAUACUUUGAUGAACACAAUGGCAGUUUGCCUAAUGCAAUCUUAGGAAUGAUCUAAAUGUAAAUAAAAUAAAAUAAUAUUACAGUAGCUAUAUUUGCAGUAAUAGAAAACCUUAACGCCAGCGCAAACAAUAAAUAUUUAUACAUUCCUAUGAAAAUCCUUUACAUGACUAUACCAGACAGAAACUGAAGUCUUGUUACUCGGGUCAUCGGACUGAAAGUCUGGAUUUUGCUAUGCACUUUAUAUCAUCGUAUACAAUUCUUUACACUGAAUCAGAUUCGGAACGGAAGUUGGUUAAAGAAAAGAUAUACAAUUGUAGUAAACUUCAAACCACUGUGUUCAAACUGAGAAACAUAGUAAAACUUCAUAGAUAGUACAGUUUGAACUUACUAAUUUCCAGACGAAGCUACAGUAGGCUUUCGCACAAAAAUGUAGACAAAUUUUUCUAAAUAUUUUUCAGGAAUUCAGGUUAAAAAUUCUUAUAAACACUGAAUUUCUUGAAUAUCACUAUAUAUACCAUAGAUAUCUUAUAUAGACUAGAUAGCGCAUCUCUUUUAGUAAAAUUGAAGCCAAGAAUAUUCCAGCGGUUACCCCCAUUUGAAUAGAUGGCGGCCAUGUUGGUAGUUCCCACUCGCUAAUAAACGCUUAAAAAACAACAAUAACUUUCAUCAUUUGAAUAGUUUAAAAAUGUAUUUGGAAUAGGUUUAAUUACUUCAUAUUUAAGUUCCGUGUUUAAGAAAUAGAAAACAUACGAAUCUUCUCAUUUCAUGGGAAUAUCCUGAGUCUGCAAUCACCGGCUUCAAUUUUUGAAUUGUAUAGAAUAAUUAGAUGCACAGUAGUGUAUAUAAGAUAUCUAUAUGAUAUAUACUAUAUAACUUCGCUGUAUUCACUUGUAGGUUUAUGUCUUAUAUAAUAUAGUAUCGGUUUCGAGUUAAUACUAAUAAUAGAGUUUCUGGAAUGUUGUUUAGUCGAUGGACAGUCGUUUUGAUAAAAUUAUUUUGAAAAGAAUUUACAUGACAUGCUACGCGGGAACGCUCCACUGAGAGUGACACAAAGUGCGUCAGUCAAGGUCAGAUUUUAAUACCUGCAACUUAUUUCAAUAAAUAUAGGAAAUUAACAAAAUACCUUGUCGCGAAUCUUUCCCACCAGUGCUAAAAAAAUUUGUUUUAUCUUCAGUGUUUUCUGAGACUGAGUGUUGGACUGUUAGAAUUUUACGCGAGUGAAUGAGUUACUCUCAAAAAAGCGUACGAAGAUUUUUGGGAUUUUAUUGAAGUUUUUGCAAAAUGAAUAUCCAGGUAUUUUGGAUUUUUCGUGAGAUUUUCAGCGGAUUUUAACGGCAAGACUUUAGGAUUUUGAAAAGAUGUUGGGAUUUGGGAAGGAUUUUUAAGAUUUUGCCAGAGAUUUUGAGAUUGUUUUGCUAUUUUGUGGAAUUUUAAUAUUUUAUAGUGUGUAGUGUCGGGAGUUGAAAUUUUCGAGACUUUUAUUUUUAGGAACGUUUACGAGGAUUUUUGCAGUAAUUCGCUCCUCGAUUUUACCUUGAAACAUGAAAUUAUGAAAAACUAUAAAUAAAAGACAACCAUAAUAAUAAAUAUCUAAUUGGAUGAAGUAACAUUGGAGUAAUAUUAAUUUUGUAACAGCAUGAGUUGCUGAACUUGCAACAUCGCUUUGAUUCUUUUAUAUUUCAGCACUAUUUCACAGAUUAUGUGCCAAGCAUAUACUUUUCAAGUUCGAUUGGUAAUUGGAAAACGUAUCACAAAAAUCCGAAAUUUUGAAUGCCGAGCCGUCAAUAAAAACCAAGUCAAGUGCAUGGCAUUUUUUAUUAAAUUUUCGCUCAACAAAAAUUCGAAGCAGUUGAACCUGCUCAAAGCGAAUUGUGAUUAUAUUGAGAGAGUGAGAUAUUCGACCUUUUGUUUCAGGCUCAAUGAUGCAGAAUUCAAUCCAAAUUCCAUUCAUAAUUUCAACACCCAGUCAUCCACAGAGUGUUACUUACUAGUCAAGAAUUCUGGUGCCAAUGUCAUUUUUUUGCCAAUGUCAAAGUUGUCCAGCUUUAAUGUUUUGAUACAUAAUAUGCCAACAAUGUUGUUAUUAAAAUCAUUCGAUAAAAAAUGGGGUCAAGUUCUUCGAAAUAUUUUGGUAAGAAAUCUAAUUCUUACAAUAGGACGUAGUAGCAUAUAGUUAUUACGUGCGAGUUGACGUAAAGGGAAGAUAUAUAAAGUACAACGUUUUAAAUUAACGUAAUUUCUUGGUUACAUGUUGAUUGUUAGGUUCCAGGAGUUAAAUAAAAACAUUCAAGAUUUUCAACACUCACAGUAGUCACCCAUGCAGAGUAUAUUAUGAAUGCAGCUAUGUUUCUAUAUGGUGGCUAUUGUCCAAUUAGUAGAUUAUGAAUGUUUUCAAACAGCAUGUGCAAGGUAAAUUUCUUUGGAAAAGAUUAACAACUCAUUAUAACAGUAGGAAAAGUUUGAACAGAAAUGUAGCAUAGUAUCGAUACAGCCUCCCGGAGAGCCUGAGUAGCCUGCCUAUAUGUCCUAUUUAGUACAUCAAUAAAUAUCAACAUGCAAACAUACCAUACAGUACAUAAUAUAUGAAAGUAGUCAGUGUAUAGAAAACACGCGUGUAGCUAGUCAUUUGCAAACAGGUUUGUAAUAUAUAGCUAGGGUGAACACCAAACGUGAUUGGCCGAUUUGUGAUCACAUGGUUUAAGAUAAGUGCGGCAAUGUAUCCCACCCUCAGUGAUCCCACCGGGUAACAAUGAAAAAUUGUUACACGCCCCGACAGGCAUAAAACACAAUAAAAUUGUUGUGUAAAUGUUGUUGAUUUUUCUUUCGUCGGGAAAUAGUUAGUUUUGUUUCCCCUCGAAUCUCAGACUGAGACUCUCUGGAAAACAAAACAAACUACUUCCCUCGGUGUUUUCUGCACUGAAUAUGCACAUUAUACGCGCCUCGCGUGUUUCUAUACAGUGACAGCUUUGAAAUAACUGUAAAUAGAUUAUAGUAGUAUAUGGAUAUUUAUUGAAUAGGAAAUUAUUAAAUAUUAAAUAGGAACUAGUCACCGUAGUCGGGUUCCUGUGUGCUUACGUGCAUGUAUGGAUAAAUGAAUAACAAAAAUUAUGAUGAACUAGAUAGCUAUAAAAUAUAAUAAAUUUAUGCCGUUUUACUUCAAUACAUGCCACUACUUUAACUAGCGAUAAUUUUGUAACCACACCAACCACGUUCUUAUUUUACCUGUUAUCCUGGAUUAUAUCUUAAUUACGUUGAACUCUUCCUCAUCUUCUACAUCUCCAUGCAAAAAGUCGGACUUGGCCAUGCUGAGACAGUCCUAUUAAUUAUACGGGGAGGGGAAGGACGGGAUGAAAUUAAUUAAAAGUUCUGUGAACUUCUCUUCAGUAUAAUUAUACCGAAGUAACAAUUACAGUUCUUAUUUAAAUUUGUUCCGGCGAAUACUCGAAUUUUCAUAAUAUUAUCGGGGAGGGGGAGGACAGGGGAUGAAAUUAUGCCUAGAAUUCGCGCCGUUGGCUCGGGGAUUAAUCAUAUUUUGGACUAUUUUCUAGCUGUUUCUAUCAGGUUGUACGGUUUUUAGAAAUUUUGAUCGACUGUAAAUUCUGUCAGGCUACUGAGCGAGAUAUCCCUGCAAGCUAUAUAUAAUUAUGUAAUAUAGAUUUGAAUUUGAAUUUUUAUACUACAAUGUGGUAAAUAAUAUAGUAAGGUUGUAAAUAAAAAUAUUGUUUGAAAUUAUUUAUUAUUGAAAUGUAUUGGGUCUAAAAUAUUUUAUUACAAGUAUUUGAGCUAUACAUGAUUUAAACUCUACAUUUGUAUACAAUGAUUGUCGGAAUAAUUCCUGCUUUCCAUAUAUUUUCUACAGAUUCCUCAUGGGAGUUGAAAAAUUCAGAGACACUGUUCAUGCGGUUUCAUACAAGUGUGAAACUUGGUUCAUUCUCAUCGGCAACACUGGUCAUUAGACGCAAUCGAGAAGUCCUUACGAACAAAUUAUUGAGGAAACAUCGUUUGUUGAUCGCAAGAAUAUUCGGCCUCCCUCAUCGACUCUCACAAUUGGUUGGACAUCCAAAAAUCAUCGAAAUUAACAGAAACUGGGUCAAGUUGGAUAUCACUUCAAUUUUAAAAUCUAAAGCUAGCGAUAACACGAUGACGAAUAUUUCUGUUGAAGUUAUAUGCGAAGAAUGUGGGAACGAGAAGGGUUUUGUAAAUUCCAAGAAACGACGUCCAUUUCUUAUUUUGAAAAUGAAACCGGUUACUAAGAUGCGAAAGAGGCGUUCAACAAACUGCGUUGGUAGUUGUUGCUUAGUGAGACACAAAGUCAAUUUUAAAAAUAUGGGUUACAAAUUUAUAAUACAACCUAAGAACUUUUAUUUGAAUUACUGUAAAGGUCCGUGCCAAAGUCGAGGAGGCACGCAAUUGUUCUUGAGGCGGAUUAAUAUAUUAAAUCCGAAUAUGACGACUAAUCCAAACGAUAAAUGUUGUGUUGUCAAAACCCUGAUGUCAUUAUCAAUACUGUACACCGAUGACACAAAAGGCAUAAUAAAAAAAGACCUAAAAGACGUGACAGCAGUGAAUUGCGAAUGCGCAUAAUUCGCUGUAGUGCUGACCUUCCAUGGUUUUUUUGGGACAAUCCAAAUAUUAACAAUGUAAAUAAAUGCCAUGCAUAAAUAAAAGAAGAAAGUGACAGUCGAAAACUAAGAAUACAUAAUUUAUUUUGGAACGGUGGAACUGACGCAUGGUUCAAAAAAACGCGUAUAUAAUAUAGAAAAUGUAAACUUUGUGUAUGUAGCUUUUUUAUUAUAAAGUUAAUGUAACUGUUGACCUGGUCUGUUGUGCAGACCUUUUCGUUGCGAAGGGCGCCAAGGUUUAAUAACUGCACUCAUUGACAUAUCCAACUGCUGGAAAUAACUAACUUUUCCACAAAUUUAUUAUAGUUUGCUAAACGUUUGCUAGAAACAAGCAAAUUGAUUAUUGAUGCUACAGUUUUCUUAUCGAAUAAAUGUUUGACUCUGCCGACCGGCA